CAAGCGUGGCGCUGGUACGGCCCUGACGACCCCGUCACGCUGGAGCACGUCAAGCAGGCCGGCGCCACCGGCAUCGUCACCGCGCUGCACGACGUCCCGAUUGGCGACGUGUGGACGGUCGAUGCGAUCGAGGCACGCAAAUCGCUCGUCGAACGCAGCGGGCUGACAUGGUCCGUGGCGGAGAGCAUCCCCGUGCACGAGGCGAUCAAGCAGGGCCGCGAGCCAGAGCGGUCCGCCUUCAUCGACAAGUACAAGGCCUCGGUCACCAACCUCGGCCGGUGCGGCGUCCGCCUCCUCGCGCGUGGCCUGACGGGAGCCGCGCACUCGCCUUCGACCUCCUCGACUUUGCGGCCUUCGAGCUGCACCUGCUGCAGCGUCCCGGCGCCGAGGCAUGCUAUGACGCGCCGGUGCGCGCGCGCGCGGCCGCGCGCUUCGCCGACAUGUCCGAAGGCGGCCGAGAGGCGCUGGCGCGUACUGUGACCGCAGGCCUUCCAGGGCGGACGACGGCGGCGGGGUCGAGCCUCGCUGACUUCCAAGCUUGCCUGGACGCGUACGCGGGCAUCGACAAGAUUACGAUGCAGGCAAACCUCGCCCACUUUCUACGCGAGGUCGUGCCGGCCGCGGCGGCCGCCGGCGUGUACAUGGCCAUCCACCCGGACGACCCUCCCAUGCCGCUGCUCGGGUUGCCGCGCGUUGUCUCCUGCGAGAGCGACGUGCAGCAUCUUCUGGCCGCCGUCGACUCGCCGCACAACGGGUUGACCUUCUGCGUCGGCAGCUACGCCUCGAGCUCGGCCAACGACGUCGAGGGCAUGGCGGAGAGGCAUGCGGCGCGCACGCACUUUGUCCACCUCCGCAACGUGCGACGGACGGACGGCGGCGGCUCCUUCGUCGAGAGCGACCACCUCGAUGGCGAUGUCGACAUGUUUCGCAUCGUGCGCACGUUUGCACGCGAGGCCGCCCGGCGGCAGCGCGACGGCGACGCGCGGCCGCGCUUGCCGUUCCGGCCGGACCACGGGCACAAGAUGCUCGACGACCUGGGGGAAGGCCGAGCCACAAACCCGGGCUACACGGCGAUUGGGCGGCUGCGCGGCCUCGCCGAGAUCCGAGGCUUGCAAGAGGCGAUCCUGCGCUACGAGGCAAAGGCCGUGUGAGCUCGCAAGCGAGCUCGGUCAAUCGCACAAUCCCGGGGAAGGGGGGGAAGGGGGGGGGAGGACAGCGAUGCCAACACGUUUGUCAUCGCACACAGUGAGCCGAACAUUGUUCGACCAGCCUCCUGCGCCGCUGAGAGCAGCCGGUGGCGGUGGCCCCCUCGUGUCGCCCAAUGAGGUGGGGCUGCUGCCCGCAGUUUGCUUGGCCGCAUUGCCGUCGAUUCCUGCUGGAUGGCGUUGCGGCGCGGGCGAGCCGCGCCGCGGAGCUAGGAGAGAGCAGCCGGCGAUCACGACAAGCAGGCGUUGCUGCGUGUCGCUCUUGACUAAGAUCGACACGCUUCCUGCACGCUUCACGCGUGAGCCCAGCGCCGCAGGCCCAACGUGCGCAGUUGUGUGUGCACAGUAUGGACUCGAUUUCGGACCCGGAGUAUGGGGGCAUGGCCAUGGGAAGAAAAAUUAGAUAUUCUUAUCUU